AACGCACUCUUGUACCUCCACCAGACCCGUUACCUCCAACCGCGGAUGCGCAUGCCUUUUUCGACAGUUUUGAGAGAGACUAUCCUCCCACAGUAUGCCCCCCAGAAGUUCAGAAAAACUGCUCGCAUGACGUCUCGGCAAGUUGACAUGCUUGUCGAAAUGAUCCAAGGGAGCGGUCAAUUUAUCAGCAAGAAUCCAGAGCGCCCACAGGCCCCGAUCAAGACGCAGCUUCUAGUCGCCUUGUAUCGGCUAGGCACCAAGGGUAUAUCUUCACACAAGAUUGCUUUCACUACGGGUAUUGGUCAAGGGUCGGUAGAUCUCUAUACAUGGCGAUGCAUCCGGGCAAUAGAAGAGCUUGAAUCACGGUUCAGUGUCUGGCCAGACCAAGCCAGAAAGGCUGAGAUAUCAAGGUGGUUCAAGCAAGAAAAGGGUUUCCCCAAUGCGAUUGGCACCGUGGAUGGUGUACCAUUUCCCUUUGAGUCGGCGCCGAGUUACGAUAUGAUCUCAUGGAACACCCGGAAGUGCGUCUAUGCCAUGGGUUGCACAGCCGUCUGCGACCACCAAGGUCGAUUUAUCUAUUUAUCUACA